AGUUUUUAUACCAACAUGUAUUCACUUCGCUAUUUUUAUUUAUUGUUUGUAUGUUUUCAUGUAUCAACAAGUCAUCUGUUGAGACAAAAAAGAGCUAGAUCAGCAGUAUUUCAUAAGGUGUUUCAAUACAAGGAUACGAAAUUAAAUAUCGCGCCACUGGAAACGAUACCUGAUGUCCUGCUGGAGGAAGAUUGUUGUAACCAUUGUUUAGCAAAGAAUGGAUGCGUGUCUGUGAAUUAUGAACGUAGUGGAUUAAAACGUUGUGAAUUACUUGCAGAGGAUCGAGAUACAAAAAACGAAACAGAUUUUGUCAGUGAGAGAUACUUUUCCUACUACGACACCAUUGUCAGAGAUUUAUGCAAUGAAAAAGAUUCAUGUUAUCCCUGUUCUUGUUGGUCAGCAGAAUUUUAUCGUUCGCCUUGCAUUUGCAGAAAAUUGCAUGGUAAAAUGAGACAACAUUCUCCAUCUUGGAUAAGUUACAUCACAAUCAACAUUUACUACUACCGAGUUUAUGGUAUUAACCAACAAAAUCGAGUUGUAGUCACCCCAGGAGCAUUACCAACCAAUAAUUCCUUUUUAAUUUAUACAUCACCUUGGGUACGUGAAAUAAAGUAUCGCAGAAAUAAACUUAUUUGUGGAAUAGGUGGCGACAACAGUAUUUAUAUUUGGACAGGUUCAAGCUGGACAAACAAUUACGUGUACGCUCACAGUUUCGAUUUUACUGCAAAACACAUCCUCACCAUCGAUUUAUCAACGUUUGAACUUCAUUUGAAAGAAGACAAUAAAGCUUCCACUAAAGUUGCCACGGGUGCGAUUUCGAGAAUUCAGGAAUAUGGCAAGUACUGGUAUGCCAUUGGCAAAGAUUGCAAAUGUAUCAUGAGACACGAGACCACUCCUUCUCCUACUGUAAAUAAAUGGGAAAUACUAACAACAAAUCCAGGAUCCUCUGUUGAGUUUAAAGUUGCAUUUAACGAUAUUAUUUAUUCGUUACACGAAGAUCAGAAUAUAUACGAAUGGUAUGGAAAUGAGAACAGAUGGAUUAUGAUAUAUCAAGGUCCCUGCAUUCAUUUUGAUGUUCAUCAUCUCAUAUUUUGCGUCACAUCAAAUCAUGAAAUUCAUUCGAAUUAUGGAGAAUAUGUGCCUCGUCCAAACAUUCAUAUACCUUUUAAAACUGUAAACCACGUUAAUAAAACGACACCAUAUGGCAGAGGAAUGGAUAUGGACGGAAACACGGCAGUUGCAUUAGAUUUAGAAGCUAACAACAUCGCAUUGGACCAGUUUGGGAAAGGUUACGUCUUACAAAAAGGUGAUGGAGAAAGAGUUGUAUUUGGAAAUUUUGAGGAAACGGCUCUUGGGGGUCCAUUUACUAACCAUGAUAAUUUUCCACCAUAUUUUACGAUAUCCAUGUGGUUCAGAACCACGCUACAAUCUACGCAUACAGGAGCACCGUUAAUCUCCACAGCGAUUGAAACCGGUAUUAAAAUAUUUCUUGAAGAGCUUGAUGGUGUCAAUACUAAGUUAAAAGUAGUAGUUGCUGGAGAAAGCAAAUAUUCGAAAGUUGAAUUUUCCAAGGAGAAAGAAUUCUUUUAUUCUUGGAAUCAAAUUGUGAUUUCUUGGAGAGCACACGAUCAAUGCCCUCGACUAUAUCUAAAUGGACUUCUUGAAGGGACCUGCACACCAUCACAAACAUCUAGAACAUCCACCCCAUCACCUUUACGUUCAGCAAUGCGAGCUGUUUACAUAAGCGACGUUGCUAUUUGGCACGCGUUAUUGCUUGAUCAACAGAUUCUACAGCUUUAUCAAUCAGAUAUUGUUGCUCCUGGAUGGCGAAAGAAAUUCAAUUUUACCUCGGUGACAGAAUCUUCGUGUGGACAAUUGAGGAGACAACGACCCUACAUAACUUCUGGUUACUACUGGAUUAAAUUAAAUGGGAAAAUGAUAAGUGUGUAUUGUGACAUGGUGACAGAUGGAGGAGGCUGGACACAGAUAACUCAUCUAGACACAUCACUACAGGCUCAUGAAAUUUCAGAUGCUACAAAAAUUGGUGACGUAUUCUUUAAGAAUUUUGUUCUUACUCACGAUGGUCUGUCAAUGUUAAGGGAACUGGUUGAUUUCAAGCAACUAAGGAUACGAUGCAGUAAACCCGCACAUCACGACAGAAUUGUUGACAUAGCAACAACAACGUCAUCUGUUUUGGAUUAUUUCACUGGAGUCACUGAUGAAAGACCUUACGCGUGCGGUGGAUUUUAUCCGUUAGAAGAAGACAACUCCGUUUUGGCUCAAAGAUGCGCUCAGUGGAACGACGGAAAAUUUGGUCAUCAUACCCGCUUCGGUGUCAAUGAGCGCUUUAAAUAUAAUAUACUUGAUAUAUAUUAUGUAGCUACUGUACACUGGCUAGAUAGUCUAUGUGACGAUAUAACUCUUGAAGGUCCAGCCAUUUAUCAGUACUAUGUGCGGUAAGAACAGAAUAAGACGAAGGUCAAAAAGAAGAAUAAUGAUACUAUACUUCGCAUACCGUAUUCUCUCUAUCUUCCGCCCAAUCUCUACUUAACGCCUUUCUCCAAAAAAAGCGAGCCCUAAAACCAAAAUCCGUAUUAAACGCCCCUUUCUAUUUAACGUCCCUCUCUAAUAAACGCCCAUCUCGUAUUUAUGCAAAAAAAAAAACAAUUUACACUGAAAUCAAAUAAAGACAAUGUUUGGACGGAGUGUGUUAACGGUUAGUAUAUCUAUACAUAUUUCGAGAGAUAUAUUUAAUUAAUUAGACCUAAAGGCUUAGCUAUAAAGCAAAUAGUUAAAUCUUUCUACCAAAUUUAAAAAUUAUUUUUUCAGAUAGUGGCCUACUUGAGAAGCUUGUCAUGUUUUUUAUACUUGAACCUUAGUUAAUUACAUCAUAGACAUAUAAUCUCUUUUAAUUAUAUAUCAAAGACUACAAAGCAAUUUUAUUUUGACGCGAACAAACUGUUUUUAAAUAUAUUAACCUGUUUAUUUACGUUUAAAUUAUCACACACUGCAACAUUGCACGAUUAUGUUUAUAUGAUAUAUCUCAAUAUUU